AUGCUGCUGACCUACCUAGAAGAAGACUUUCUUGUUGCCCUCCACGUGCUUUGCCUGAUUCAACGCCAGGUGGGCUUUGAUUUUGCUAGCACCAGCCCCGCAUACGCAGACAGCCUGGCAAAUGUGCUCCCCAGAGCAAAGGGCAUCGAGAGGAAGACAGCUGAAACCUUUGGCACGGCCUGGCUGCCUGGAGAUGCCACAGCUAGUGACCGCUGGAGCAAGCCGAGAGAGAGGGAGGAGAGAGAAGCACGUGGCACGUCCUUGAAAAGAGCAGCCUUUGGGUGCUCUGCUGACGUAGGAUAUUUUGCUGUGGAGGUGAGUCUUUUGGAAAAUUACUGCCCGCGUGCAGUGACUGUGGGCCUGGGGCGGUGCAGGAGCGGUAUAAAAGUGGGCCCUUCUCCUCACUCUCUCAUCCACUCCUCUCGCCUCCAUCUCCUUGGGAACAAGGUGCACCUCCGGACCCAAGACAUGUCCUGCUACAACCAGUGCCUGCCCUGCCAGCCCUGCGGCCCGACCCCGCUGGCCAACAGCUGCAAUGAGCCCUGCGUCAGGCAGUGCCAGGACUCCACCGUCGUCAUCCAGCCCUCCCCCGUGGUGGUGACCCUGCCCGGCCCCAUCCUCAGCUCCUUCCCACAGAACACCGCCGUGGGCUCCUCCACCUCCGCUGCCGUUGGCAGCAUCCUCAGCUCUGAGGGAGUGCCCAUCUCCUCCGGGGGCUUUGGCCUCUCUGGCUUUGGCAGCCGCUACUGCGGCAGGACAUGCCUCCCCUGCUAA